AUGGGGAUAAAUGGAAUAUUGAUAUAGGAGAUUGAUGGACAAAUAUAAAUCGAAAUAAAGACCAGUUAGUUUUCAGAAAUUUACUGCUAAAAAUCUGGAGUCAUCAACCUUAUUUAAGGUUCAUAAUAAAUUUAAAUAGAUUAAGUCAAUGUUAAAAACAUAUUUAGUACAACUAAUGGAGGUUUUAUUUAUCUUGGUUAAAAUCUGACACUUUCAUCCAUUAAUAUUUAAAAUUCAGUUUUUGAAAAUCUUCUUGCUUUUGAUGGAUCAUUAUUGUUUAUAGACGAGUCAAAUAUUUCUUCAGAUCUAAGUAUUGUAUUAAUCCAGAAUAAUUUCACCUUUAGCAUGAGAAACUUAUCUUGGCUAUCUGCUGAUUAUAAUUUAAAAACAGAUGAUAGACUUAUUCAAAGUAAGUCUGAAAAUGCAAAUAUUGCCAUUGAGAAAUGCUGUUUCUUAUUCUUCGAUACCAAUAAUUCAAAUAAGCUUAUAUAUCUUCAGAAUUUUAAGACUUUUAGUUUAAUAACUUAUGCUUUAAAGCCAAACUAACAUCAGUGCUAAGUUUGA